AUUUCCAGUAUUCAGUGGCUUUUAACAGGCAGACCUCUUGUUUAUUUUGUUUGGUUCUUCACUUCCUUAGAAAUUCACCUAUGCUAUAAUUCUGUUGCAGGACCGAUUUCUUCCUGUUUCCUUGUAGUGUAAUCCUGUCUCUGUUACAAUGUCUGUGCUGUCAGGCCCUUCUUAAUGGAGGGUAGAGAAAAACUUUGUGAUUCAAUACUUCCCAUAAGGGCAUUCCCAGAAAGUACCAACAUCAUCAUGUAGCCUUAGUCACUUCUGAAAAUAAUAACAAAUUAAUCAUACUAUAAUUAUAAUUCUGUCUUCGGACCAGCAUGAAAGCCUCAGUGAUACAUUUGUCUAUUUAGAUGUAAAGAAGAAUGCAGAAAGGAGAAGGUUUUACAUAUAGGUUAGGGUAAUGGAUCAGAAAAAAAAGUAUUCAGGAUAGAUGAUAAACUGGAGAGCUGUGGCUUUUUGAGGUCAUGUUUUAGUUUUGUGUUCCUUGUUUUAUACUGGAGAAAGAAGUGCUCUUAAGGUCAGUGGGAGGAGUUUAAUGAAGAGGAUAUUAUGAGUAAGAUGCUUCCUGGACUCGAGUUUCAGGAGUCUGACAGCUUGAACUGAGCUUUGGAGACCUUCUAGAGCCAAAGGUGGAAGGGGGCUGAAGCUGGUUUGGCAGUCGCUGUUGGUGUGGGAGGUAUAAAACAUACAUGGCUCCUGGUUCCUCGAACGAGAAGAAAACUGAUGAUGGACAGGCUUCAAAAGAGAAUUUCAUUCAUCUCUGCAACCCUCACCUGGAGAAAAUGAAAGAGGACAUCCUGUAUCAUUUUGCUCUUGGGACUGGUACCCAUGAUUUUCCAGCAUUGUUUGGGGAUGUAAAGUUUGUGUGUGUUGGAGGAAGUCCUUCCCGGAUGAAGGCUUUUAUCGCGUACAUUGCGGAGGAGCUGGGUCUCGGAGGCGCUGGCUGUGACUAUCCCAACAUCUGUGCAGGCACUGACCGCUAUGCGAUGUACAAAGUGGGGCCCGUUUUGUCCGUCAGUCAUGGUAUGGGCAUUCCUUCUAUUUCUAUCAUGUUGCAUGAGCUGAUCAAACUGUUGUAUCAUGCCAAGUGUUCCGACAUAACCAUCAUUCGUAUUGGCACCUCUGGUGGAAUAGGUCUGGAGCCAGGCUCAGUGGUUAUAACUAGGCAGUCUGUAGAUGCCACCUUCAAACCUCAGUUGGAACAGGUUGUCCUGGGAAAGACAGUAAUCCGCAGCACUAACCUGGAUGAACAGCUGGCUAAGGAACUGAUGCAGUGCAGUAAAGAAAUCGGUCAGUUCAAUACAGUCAUUGGAAACACCAUGUGCACUUUGGAUUUCUAUGAAGGACAGGGCAGGUUGGAUGGUGCAAUCUGCUUAUAUGAUGAAGAAGAAAAACUGCAAUAUUUGAAGAAUGCUUAUGAUUCUGGUGUCAGAAACAUCGAGAUGGAGUCUUCUGUAUUUGCUGCUAUGUGUAAUCUCAGUGAUGUCAAAGCUGCCGUAGUGUGUGUCACUCUUCUGAAUCGGCUUGAAGGGGAUCAGAUCACCAGCUCACAUGAUAUCCUUGUGGAGUACCAGCAGAGGCCACAGAAGUUAGUGGGAUAUUUCAUUAAGAAAAGUCUUGGGAAAGUGUGAAAUAUCCAUCUUUGUUUUAGAGAAGGAGAAGGCCUUUGUACAGAUCCAGUCAUCAGUAUGACUGCUGUGCAUUACGGGUCUUUUGCCUCAGAAUAUCUCACAACAUUCCGUGUCAGUGGAAGUUAAUAAUUUAUGUCACUGUUCUUUGGGAACUGAAUGUGCUGAAUGGACGUCAGUUAAGUUUUGCUUAGUUAUGCAUUGCUGGAUAUAAAACUCACAUUUCUGUAAAUUGGAAAUGGGACCUGUUGUAAAGGACAAGCCUGUGAUAAUACAUGAAAAAGCUUUGUUUAUCCCUGCUCUAAAAGAAAAACUAGAGAGAAAAUCAAACUUUAUUGCCAAGUAUGUGCAUACCAGCAAAUUAACUUAAAACUGCUAAUCAUUUUCUUGUUGUUAUAAAAACAUUGUGUAAUUUAUAAUUGUCUUUGUUGCUUCACUUGUAAAGAAAACGUAAAGUGAAUGCAGUUUAUUUUUUUUCAGACUUUGACAAAUAAACAAUACUAUUUUCAUAUAUUAAAAUUUCAUGAAAUUGCAAA